UAGGUACUUACUGUACCACAUAUACACUACCACCAACAAGUCUCAUUAUCAUGUCCUCGCCAAAACUCAAGGUUGCCAUCGUUGGCCUCGGCCGCAUGGGUUCGCGCCAUGCUCUACACUUCCAUCACCUGACACCGCGUGCUGAACUCGUGGCCGUCUGCUCUCCCAACCCCAGUGAGUUGGCCUGGGCCACCGAGAGCCUCCAAGGGAUCCGCACCUAUCUCGACUACGACCAUAUGCUUCGAGAAGAAACCGACCUUCAGGCAGUCGUCGUUUCAUCUUCAACUACUGUUCAUGCUGAACAUGCCAUCAAAGCCAUUCAGCUUGGUCUGCAUGUCCUUUGUGAGAAGCCGCUUAGCACAUCCAUCGAGACAUCCCAAUCCGUGCUAAUCGCUUACCAUCACUCUCUUGAGAAACACCCAAAUCAAAAAGUCCUUUGUGGCUUCUCCAGACGCUUUGAUCCCAGCUAUCGAGAUGCGUACCAAAAACUCCAAUUAGGUCUGAUCGGUCGCCCAUCUGUCUUUCGCAGCCAGACAUGUGACAAACUCGACCCUACUGGAUUUUCCAUCGAAUACGCCCAAUCAUCUGGCGGCAUUUUUGUCGACUACUCCAUUCACGAUAUCGAUCUUGCACUGUGGUUCUUUGGUGAGAACUCGGUCCUCAAAUCCGUCAGCGCCGUAGGCAUCAGCGCCAUCAGCCCCGAGAUAGAAAGAUACAAUGAUCGUGACAACGCUCUCGGUAUUGUCGAAUUCUACGGUGGCAAGAUAGCGCAGCUGUUCUGUUCACGCAUGACGGCCGCUGGUCAGGAAGACACCACUGAGAUCACUGGCACACGGGGAAAAUUGGCCAUCAACACUCAACCACAGACAAAUCUGCUUCAGAUCCAUGACUCGACUGGUAUUCGACGUGAGGUUGCACCCCAUUACUAUGCUCGUUUCCGCGACGCCUUUAUUGCAGAGGCCAAUGAGUUUACUACUUGUUGUCUCGAUAACACCAAAAUGCCUUUUCCUCUUGAGAGCGCUGUCAAAGCUCUCGAGAUUGCCCUUGCCUUGCAGGAGAGCAUGCUCACAGGCAAGAAGAUUGAUUUUGACCAGAAUGGUCAUAGAGUUGCCAGCGGUGAUCGCCUCACAGCCAAGCUGUAGGACAAGACUGAAGCAAGAUCGCAUCGAAUGUUCCACAGCUACACUCCUCAGUUUUAGACAGGAUAUAUGCAUGGAAUGGAAGAUAGGUAAGAUUCAUAGAUGGAAAUGGAAGAUACUCGAUACCAGAUAGGUAACUAUUUCGACUUGAUUUUUACAUAGUCCAUGAUGAUCUUCGAUGACUAAAAAGCAUCGUCCAUCAUGUCACCAUGUACCAUGUACCUGGUAAUGUACCGCAUAGCCUCGACCAGAAAUCGCCCAUUAAGC